GUACAAUUGCAGAAGCUGGUCGCCUUCCAGCGCUCUGUUCUGCCAUAAUAACAUGCUAGGACGUAACAAAACCUUCGUUGAAAACUUGGUGGACGCUUGAAAGCUUGACGCAAACAACUCGCGCACGGCCCCCGCGCCAGCUCUUGUGGAUACCCAAAGCUCUGUGCGCAUUUGCGACAGCUCGAAGCCAUUAUGCACGGGCGAAGAUAGACUACCAGGCCUUGGAGCCCGGGAGGAGCUGGGGAAACCCGGGGAAUGGAGCGGGAAGAGGCUGAGACCGAUGAGGCCAUCCAGCAGCUGAUUGCGCGGGUGAAGCGUUUGGCGCCCGUGCUGCGAUGGCCAAGCGUCGCGUACCAAGGCCGGUUCCAAUACCAUGGCUCGUUGUACAUGACUGUUACAUCCAGUCAAGCUACGGACAGCAGCCAGGCGGGCCCAUCCCCGCGGUCUCCAGCGACAGACGCGUCCGCACAAGGCUCCGGCGCAGGGGCUCAGCAGCAGCUGCAGCGGCGGCAGGCGCGGGGACUGGCCAUUCCGCGGCCGGCGGUGAAGCGACAGCCCGCCGACUCGGCGGCAGGGCAGGACCCGCCGGGCCAGCCACUGCACCCGCAGUCGCAGCCGGACCAGGCUGGGGUAAAGGACGAGGCGUCGCCCGGUAGCUGCUCACCGCCCGGCCCCGCGCCGGACGGCCCGCAGGCCAGGGCGCCAGGGGAAACGGAGGGGCUCGGCGAGGGGCAAGGAGACGGCGAACGCGGAGGUAAAGGGGAGGAUGGGCAAGGACACACACGCCCGGGUCCGGCCCAGCAGGACCAGGCUGCUGCUGGUACUGCGGCGGGGGCGCCUGCGGGGGUGGCGGCUGGGGGUCAUGAGGCCACGGCGGCGGCAGCAUCCUCACAUGAGGUCGCGGCGCCGGCAGCCGACGCGCAUGCAGCCGCGGAGCCCUCGGCUCAGGAGGGGACUUCAGGCGAGGCUGCAGCCGUACAAGAAGCGGUGGCGGCAACGGCCGACGAGGUAGCAGCAAGCGGCGGCGAGGCGGAGGCAGUGGGCUGGCCAGACGCCAUGGAGGAGGACCCGGAGGACGGCGCAGUGGCGGUAGUGGCGGGUAGCGACGAGCCGGUGCGUGCAGGGGCGGCACAUGGCGAGCCGGCCAGCGGCCCUGCGGCGGACGCCUCGCCUCCGCCCGAGCCGGACACCGCGCACGGGGCGGCAGCGGUCUGCCACGAUGGUGCCGGCGCUGCUGCGAACGCCGCCGCCGGUGCAGCUGCCGGUGCUGAGGCGGGUCUAGGGGAGGCCGGCACGACACAGGCCAGUGGCGGCGGUGCAGCGGGGCAUGAGCAGCACGCAUCUGAGGCGGGCCUGGGAGGCGACCACGCGUUGGGGCUGCAGGAGGGCGGGGAGGAGCAGGAGCAGCAGGGGAAGGCGGGCGAGACGGGGACGGCACCGGUGCAUGUGGACCCUCGCGCAGGAGAGGCGGCUCAGGUGGAUGCAGCAGCCGCUGGACCGCUACCAGACGCAGCAAUGCACGUGGACGGCGGCGGCGACGGCGCCAGUGCUGCCGCCGGGCCACCGGAGCCUGGGGCGGCAGGUUUGGCAGAGGCCUCGGAAGGCGGUGCCGAGGCGGAUGCGGCGGCGCCACAAGCGGCAGGAGCCCCAGCGGGUGAGGGCGAGGACUCGGCGCCUGCUGCUGGUGCAGAUGCGGAUGUCGCGGAUGCGGAUGCUGGGGCGGCAGGAGGCGGGCAGGGUGAAGCGCCGCCUCUUGACAACGGCCCCACAGCAAUGGCAGUGGACGCGCAGGCGGCCCAAGCGGCCCAGCAACCGUCGCCGCCGCAGCGACAGCCUGAGGAUGCAGGGCGGCAGGAGGGCAAAGUGGCGGAAGCGGAGCAGCAGCCGACAGCAGAGGCCAGCGGGCGGGCAGCGCCGGAGGGGGUGCCGGAGGUGAAGACGCAAGCAGGGCGAAGUGCGGAGCAAGAGGACACGGCCACGCUAGCGGCGGCGGAAGGGGCUGUCUCAGCUGACGUAGCAGCGGUAACAUUAGCGGAGUGCGGCCAACAUGACCCAGGGGGCCUGGCUGCCACUGAGGCGGCGGCGCCGGAGUCUCAUGCCGCACCCGCACACGUACCCGCACCAGCACCAGCACCCGGUAGUGACGCGGUCGGCGCCAAGCCGCUCGAGCCCACGCCGGACAGCCCGAGCAGGCAGCCACAGCCCGAGGCAGCAGCGGCCGCCGCAGCAGCGGCCGGGCCACCAGCCGCCUCCCCGCUAGCGCCGCCGUUCACCGCGGCGUCGGCGCAGGCCGUGGCCGUGGCCGUGGCUGCGGCGGCUACUGGCACGGCCGUUGCUGAGGCGGGGCCGGCCGCGGAGGCAGGGGCAGGAGGGCGCGACGCGCUGGGGGAGGGCGGCAAGGACGCCGACGCGGGGGCACACGCGGGUGCCGACGCCGGUGCGGUGGCGGGUAUGGGUGGCGGUGCUGGUGGUGGCGCGGGCGCGGACGCCGCGGCCAUGCCGCCGCCCUCCACUGCGCCGCCGUCCGCCCGCCACCUGCUGGGGCGGCGCGCCUCCCUCAUCUCCAUACAGACGCUGGAGUCGGGCGAGCUGCCCUCUCUGGACACGCCCGUGGGCUCCACGCCCUGCUCGCAGCUGCAGCCCAACCCGCUGUCGGCCGGCGGUCCCGCCGGCGCCUCCUCCCUGCGGCCGCGCGGGCUGCAGCACACCCUGAUGGCGCUGAACCCCACCACCACCACCACCACCACCACCACCACCAAUUUCGGUGGACCCGGGCACGGGCACGGGCAUACGGAAGGGGCGGGCGGCGGCGUGUCAGGGGCGGGCGGUGCAGCGGGCGAGGGUGCCAGGGGUGCAGCGGAGCGGGAGGAGGGCGAGGCGGCGGGGGGCACGGGUGUGGGCGGGCUGUCGCGCGGUGCGUCCAUGCACCCGGCUGAGUCGGGUGAGCUGCAGGUGACGGCCAGCGAGGUGGCGGCGCAGAUGCUGCUGCUGGAGCAGGAGGAGGGGCAGGGCAAGGGGCGGGGCCGGCAGCGGUCUGGUGAGGCGGGCGGCGGCGGCAGCAGCAACGAGGCGGACGGCUGGGCGGCGGCGGCCGAGACGGCGCUAGCUGGCGGCGGCAGCGAGGGCCGUCGUGGGAGCGGCGACGGCGGCGGCGAGGCGGGUGGCGGUGUGGAUCUGGCGGGGCAGGCGUCGCUGCAGUCGCGCAGCAGCCAGGAGGGCGGCCGGCGGCAGCGCUGGGGGCAGCCGCAGAAGCCCAGCGGCGCAGUGGGCUUGCCGGAAGCAGGGUCGGCAGGGGGCUCUGGGAUGGCGGUAGGCGGGGUGGUGGACCUGUCCUUCGCACGCGGCUGCCUCACACGCCUGUCCACACACGGCUCCGGCGCACUCAGCGAGCUGGUGGGGGUGGCGGGAGGGGCUGCUGCAGCCGGAGCCGCAGGCGGAGGCGGGCGGGGCCGGGCGGCGACUGCGUCCACGCCCUUGAGCGGGGGCGGCGGCGGAAAUGGCCGGGGCGGCGGCGGCGGGCACACCAACUCCGCGGCCGGUGAGCAGCGGCGAACUCCGGACGGAUCCCGUCGGGGCGGUGGUGGUGGAGGUGGCGGCCGGGGCGGCUCCCGCUCUCGGUCCCGCUCCCGAACGCCCGCCAUCCGCAGCGAGCGCUCUCGCUCCCGCUCCCGCUCCCGUGACCGGCGGCGCUACAGCCGCUCGCCGCGCCGGCGCGCCGGCAGCCGCAGCCAGAGCCGCAGCCGCAGCUUCUCGCGCCCGCGUCGCGAAUAUGACCGGGACCGGGACCGGGAUCGGGACUACCGUGAUCGAGACCGGGACCGGGCUGGCGGCAGCUACCGCGAGUACAGCCACGAGCGGGAGCGGGACUACCGCGACAGGGACCGGGAGCGGGACCGCUACGACCGGCGAGACUACGACCGUGACCGUGACCGCGACCGCGACCGCGACUACAGGGACAGGGACCGCGAUUACCGAGACAGGGAUCGGGACCGGGACUAUGACCGGGAUCGGGACCGCGGCCGGGACCGCGACCGCGGCCGGGACGCCUACAGCCGUGACAGCCGGGAGCGGAGCCGGGAGCGCGACCGCGAGCGCCAAGACAGCCGCUACGACAGCCGCCGCAGCAAUGCAGGCGUCGGCGCCGGUGCCGGGGCAGGCGGCGGCGCCGCCAAGUCUGGCGCCGCCACCGCCACCGCCACCACGUCUCACGACACCGGCUCCCUGCCGCCAUCUCGAGACCGGGAGCGGGGCGCGUCAGGCGGCCCGGCAGCCACUCAGUCCCAGGCUGGAGCGGCGGGGGCAGCGGCGCAGUCACACCAGAACGGCACAGCGGCGGCGGUGACGAGCACAGCCGCGCCGGUUCCACCCAAGUUCCUGGCCGCACGCUGGCCCGCCACAGCCGCCGAGUCAGCGGCUGGCACGACUGCCGCAGCUGCUGCAGCUACUGCUGCUACAGCUGCGGCUGUGGUGGGCAGCACAGUGGGCGGCAGUGACUCGGACAUGGACCUGGAUGACUCGGACACAGAGCAGCAGCAGCAGCAGCAGCGCAAGCGCAAGGCGGAGGCGCCGCCCGCCGCCGCGCCGCCGCCAACUCGCCCCAUCCCCAUGGUCCGAGCCCACCCGCCGCCAGGCCACCCCGGCGCACAGCGUGUGGGCGGCAUGGCGGUGGGCCCGGCUGCGGCACAGCGGUCCGGUUCCCAGCCGCCCACCCGCCCCGGUCAGCCCGCCGGCCGCCUGCCAGGUGGCGGCGGCGGCGGCAGCCAGGGCCACAGCCCCGCACCCGCCGGCCGCCUCAGCCCGGAUGCGCGCUCGCCGCGCCAGCCGCAGCCGCCGUCAUCAUCACAGCCAUCGGGCCGAUCCACCUCCCCCGGACAGCCGCCGGGUAGGGCGCGCGUCAACGCCGCAGCGGCGCGGCCGGGCGCAGCUCCGCCACAGCAGCAGCCGAGGUCCGGUGCGGGCGGGCGGGUGUCUGGCUCGGGCGCCGGCGCCGGGCUGCCUGCGGUGCACGCCGACAAGGCGGAGCGGGCCCUGGCCAAGCUGCAGCAGGACCGCGCCACGCGGCCGCCGGGGGCGGCAGGGCAGGGGCAGGGCGCGGCGGGUGCGGGGCCGCGCGGCAGCCAGUACACGCCGCCCCCGGGCCGGGCGGCGGGGCGGGAGCGCGUGGAGCGUGAGCGCACGCGUGAGGCCUCUGCCGGCCCUGCCGCCGCCGCAGCUGCCGCAGCAGCCGGCGCCUCGGUCAAGUACGACGUGGCUGCUGCGGACGACCCGCCUGGGGACGUGCGGGCGGGCGGCGACGCGCCCCUGAGUGCGGGCAUGGAUCCGGACCUGGGCGGCUUCCUGGCGCUGUCCAUGAUGCAGUUCUCUCUGAGCUAUGUGGUGGACAACCCUCGCCUGCUGUGCAACAAGGCCACCAUACGCCAGCUGGUGGACGAGGGCCGCCGGCUGAGGCGGGACGCAGACCACCGCCGCGACGGCAAGGAGUGGAGCAGCCUGCACCUCAUGCUGUACAUCAACUCGGCUCUCAAGCUGAUGGAGGGUGUGUUCGGGCACGAGCAGCAGCAGCAGCUGUCCGGGCCCGAGCGCGAGGCCGGCACGCGCGCCGCCCUGCAGCUGCUGGCGGAGGCCUCGGCGCUGCUGCACACCGCGGCGGGCGAGGCGCACAAGCUGGCAGCCACGCACCACCACCUUCAGCAAGCAGCAGGUGCCGGCACGGGUGCAGCGGUGGGUGCUGUGGACGCAGCCGUGCAGGCAGCGGGUGCUGGCAGUGGCGCAGAGCUGGCUACGCCGCCUCGGCCUGCAGGGCACAAGGCCGGUGCGGCCGGGGCCGGGGCCGCAGCGGGCCCGCCUGCCCCCAGCCCCGCCCACUCCAACCUGUCCGGCCUCACGUCCGGCCAGCACGCCACCACGCCUGUGCCCACGCCCGGGCCCUCCUCCCGCACGCCGCAGCCGGCCGGGGCGCCCGGCGGUCGCAGCCGGGCCGGCGGCGGCGGCAGCUCGUCACUGCCGCCUCUGUCUGCUGCGGUGGCUGCGGCCCAGGCGGGUGGGCCGGCGCCUGACCGGGAGCUGCUGACGCUGGAGGCCUUUCGGCUGCUGGCGCUCAAGCUGUUCGCCAUCUGCCGCACCAAGUGGCUGAUGCUGAACCAGGAGUCGCUGGCGCAGACCAUCAAGAUGCACGAGCCAACGCCAGGCGGAGGCGGCGGGCAUGGGGGUGGCGGAGGCGGGCAUGGCGGCGCCAAUGGGGCCGGCGGCGGCGGUGACGGUGCGGGCCGGCGCAUGUCGCCCUCGGGCGCCGCCGCCGCUGACAGCGCCUCUUCCACUCUGGAGGCGGCGGCGGCGCUGUCUGCAUCCACCUUCACAGCCAGCGUGCAACAGAUGGCGGAGAGCGUGCAGGCCAUGUCCGCCGCCGCUGACAGCUGGAAGCGUGUGGCCGCCGAGGGCCGCACCUUCAACGCCGCCGUGUCCUUCCCGGGCGUGGACCCGGCGGCGGUAGUGGCGGCGGCGCGGGUGGCGGCGCUGGGCUACGAGGGCGGCGUGUGGAACCUGAUGGGCGCCGUCAAGGUGGCGAGGCAGGCGCUGGACACCAUCACCGGCCUCAUGUAGGACCGCGACACCCACGUGUGGCGGCGAUGUGCGGUGGCACCUCGCGCGGUGCGGUGCGGUCCGCGGCCAUGUGGUGCAGGCGCGUGGUUGUGCAGCGCGACGAGCGCUCAUCCGCGGCAUGCGGGGCUCUGCGUGUCGCUGGGAUGCAUGGGUGCGCCAGGAGCCAACAGCCGGCAGCUGCCGGCGCCGCGGAGCCGCUGCGUUGGCGCUGGGGCGGUCAGGCUGCCUCAUUGCAGCAGCCCCGGCAGGCAGGACUGCAAGUUCGUAUGUGCACCAAGUCACCGCAGUGUGGAUGGGCGGAGUUUUCCUGAUGGCCAAGGCUUUGUUGCCGGCUGCAUAUUGUAGUAGGAAUAGACACGUACAACACGCGUGUGUGUGCGCGUGAGUGAUUACGGACCGCACUGACGUUCCAUGGCACCCGCCUCUGAUGGGUGGCUACCGUGGGUGCCGGGUGCGGGGGCACGGCGGGAGGCCUCCAGCUGUGCCCCACGGCGUGUGUGGAGGUGCUGCAUGGGCGCACGAGCUGGGUUCUGACUAGUAGGGAGGAGGGCAUGCGGAACCCAUGACGGUCUGGUGCUGAUUGGAGGCAGGAUGCACGACACAGCCACACAUGCACACUGCUGUGACGUGGCCUUGCAGCUUGGCCGGGUACACGGUGCGCGGUGCUGCAGCAGAGGCAUCGGCAUGUGUAUGGGGCUCGCGAGGGGGGGGGGGCAGGGCGUGCUAUCGUGCGACACAGGGCACACAGUGAUUGCGCUAGGCGCUUGAACCGUAGGCAGGAGUUGUAGGGUGCAUGGCGGGUCCUGUUUUAAGUAGGAGCCUCCGGCGUAGACUGCACGGACAAAAUCUUACUGAUGAGCGAUGGUGCAUGGGUCCUGAUUUCUUAGCGGUACGACUUUUGUCCGGUGCGUGCGGGACGCAAACGGCUGGCAGAUGGUACAUGGGUCGGCACUGCAUACGCACGCUGCAUACGGCAGCCAAAGCAUUGUCAAUACCGCCGUAUGCCGUAACGAGCUGGCAUCUGGCUGGCCUGAAUGCUUUCUCACGUCAAUGUGACAAGCUCUAAACUUGGAUCCCCUUGUGUCGCUUGACCUGUCACGUGUCGGACGCAGCGCUGUCGACACAGGCACACGGCAAGCGAGAACCCAUUGACUGUUCGU